UUAUCUUUUUUUCUAUCUAAACUCUAAUUCCCUGUCAAAGACCCAGCAGCAAUGAAACAAGCUCUUAAUAGAUGAGUUGAGAGUUGAGACCCAUCUUCAAAAUCAAACUCUAACACUGAAACUUUGUCAGGCAAUUCUAAUUGGAACCAAAAAUAAUGUCUUGUACCUCAGUUUCUUCUUUUACUGCUUCUCUCGUUGUCCCUUCAAAAAGUUCAUCUUUUUCCAAUCGUAAGCGCAGAUUCAUCCAAUGCUCUCUUGGUGGGGCUGUAGUAGAACCAAAAGCUUUAGCAGAACCCCUGUUGCUCAAUGCUGUUCGAGGGCAAGAUGUUGAAAGACCACCAGUUUGGCUUAUGAGGCAAGCAGGGAGGUACAUGAAGAGCUAUCAAAUAAUAUGUGAAAAAUAUCCUUCCUUUCGUGAAAGAUCGGAAAAUGUUGAUCUUGUCGUUGAGAUUUCCCUGCAGCCAUGGAAUGUUUUCAAGCCAGAUGGGGUCAUUUUAUUCUCCGAUAUUCUCACUCCUCUCUCAGGGAUGAACAUACCUUUCGACAUUAUCAAGGGUAAAGGUCCAGUUAUCUUUGACCCUAUAGCCACUGCUGCUGAUGUUGAUCAAGUGAGAGAAUUUAGUCCCGAGGGGUCAGUUCCAUAUGUUGGUGAAGCAUUGACAAUCUUGAAGAAAGAGGUAGAUAACAAAGCUGCAGUAUUGGGUUUUGUUGGCGCUCCAUUCACUCUAGCAUCAUAUGUGGUUGAAGGUGGUUCAUCGAAGAACUUCACAAAAAUAAAAAAAUUGGCCUUCUCUCAACCCAAGGUACUUCAUUCUUUGCUUCAGAAAUUUGCGACCUCCAUGACAAAGUAUAUUCGGUACCAAGCUGACAAUGGAGCCCAAGCUGUUCAAAUAUUUGACUCUUGGGCAACGGAGCUAAGUCCGGUGGAUUUUGAGGAGUUCAGCCUGCCGUAUUUGAAGCAAAUUGUAGAUGCUGUAAAACAAACCCAUCCGGAUCUUCCUCUAAUCCUUUAUGCAAGUGGAUCUGGGGGCUUGCUUGAAAGGCUAGCUUUAACAGGUGUGGAUGUAGUUAGCUUAGAUUGGACUGUUGACAUGGCUGAAGGUAGAAGACGACUUGGACACGAUAUUGCUGUCCAGGGAAACGUUGAUCCUGGAGUUCUGUUCGGUUCAAAGGACUUCAUCACCAAUCGGAUACAUGAUACUGUGACAAAAGCUGGUAAAGGGAAACAUAUAUUGAAUCUCGGUCAUGGGAUUAAAGUAGGUACACCUGAAGAAAAUGUUGCCCAUUUCUUUGAGGUUGCUAAAGCAAUCAGGUACUAAAAGCAAUACCAGAUUAACUGUUUUCGGACCGAGUAAAGUUUAUGCAUCUUCAGGUUUUGUUUUUUCAGCCCUUGAUUCUUCAUUUGUAUUUAUCUAGAGAGCCCUUUGAGAGUUCUUACACAUUCUCGGAUACGGUGCUUCAAGAAAAAGGGAGCCGUAGUAACAUAAACUUGUUGGAAUUUAGAAAGUUCCGUUUGGUCGUUUUUUUUUAGUUUGUAUUUGUUUAUGUGCUUGAGCUAACAAGAAACUCUAAAUUUGGAAGCAUUCUCAUUUGAGGCAAUGCUGGGGCCUUCUCAGUUCCUGUUUAGAAAGUAGGUCUGAACCUAUAUAUAAAAAGUUUUUUUAUAAAAAUAAUAAUAAUAAUAACUGAUGAGUUGCUA